UUGGCAUCGCUUGGGAGCGGGCUGGUCGGUGGGUUCGUGUUGUGCUCGCAGAUAUCUCACACCUCCCUCCGUUCUUGGGUAGUAGGAGUACACUCCUGGGGGGUUUUAUCUACUGCGUCGGCCACUCGGCUAACACUGACAGAGGUGUCGAUGGGAGGGUCUCAGAGCGCGACGCUUCACGGCAACAGGACCAAAGGAUUCCACGUCCUCCGGGUACAGGAGAACUCCCCAGGAUACUGGGCUGGGCUGGAACCAUUCUUUGAUUUUAUCAUUUCAGCUGGUGACAAGAGGCUGGAUAAAGAUGACAAUGCACUAAGGGAGCUGUUACUAGGCAACGUGGAGAAGUCGCUCAAAAUGGCCAUUUACAACACCAAAACUCAAGCAGUUCGCGAAGUUAGUGCAACACCCAGUAACCUUUGGGGAGGACAAGGGCUGCUUGGAGUCAGCAUUCGGUUCUGCAGCUUUGAAGGAGCAAAUGAAAAUGUUUGGCACAUCCUGGAAGUGGAGCCCAAUUCCCCUGCUGCAUUAGCUGGUCUGAGGCCAUACACAGACUACAUUAUUGGAGCUGAAGCCAUACUUAGUGAGUCUGAAGACUUGUUCUCUUUGAUUGAAUCUCACAAUGGAAAGCCACUAAAGAUCUACGUGUACAACAAUGACACAGAUAAUUGUAGGGAGGUGAUUAUCACACCAAACAGUGCAUGGGGUGGAGAGGGCAGCUUGGGCUGUGGAAUUGGCUAUGGAUACCUGCACCGGAUACCAAUCCGUAAGCAGCUAAUAGAGCGGAAGGUAACUCCAGUUCUCCGAACUAGCUUGCCUGUGAGUCCCAUGGUUCCUCUUUCAGCUCCAAGUGCUCCUGCAAUGAAUAACAUGCCCUCAGGUCUGCCAAAGGAGCUGAAUGAUCUCAGGCUGAAAACAGCAUCUACUUCAGUCCCAGGCACAUUCUCACCAGGUUCUGUGGGAGUUCCAUUGUUUCCUCCUUUGAAGGAACCUUUCACUGUGUCAUUAGCAAAUGCAUCUAUCACCAGUACUAUGCCAGGUAUGAUAACUGCACCACCAGUGUUUACCAACUUGCCUAAUUUUCCAAAUCUGAAUGUGGCUUUUCCCAGCCUUUCCAUGGGAUCAUCGCCAGGGAUAGGAGAAAAUCCUUUGCCUACGUCUACAGAUUCAUCCUUGUCAGCUGCCAGUCCAGUACCACAUCUGGUUUCAUCCAAUCUUCCUCCUGCAAAUCUUGGCACAGCUCCUGUGCUUCCAGCUUUCUCUACAGCACCACCAGUUUGCCCCAGCCAUUCAACUUCAUCAGAGAAUAUGACAAUACCUUUUCACUCUCAGUGGAGUAAAGUCUUGGAUUCCACACCUGCUGUAGCUCAGAAAUAGUCUCUUCCCAAAGGCUGAGAUGAAAAGUUGUCUUCCGCAUUUGUAAUGAAGCUGCCAGAAGAUAUAAUCUGUUCAGAAAGCACUAAUAAACUACUGAGGGAAGCCUACCCCAACACGAGUAGCACUGCCACAAUUCUAACUGAAUAGAAUCCUACCUACUUUUAAUAAAUGAGUAAGGCUUUCCAAUCUAGCAAUGUGUAUGUAGUUGUCAGUCUGACUCUAGCAGCAUGACAAUCAAAGUUCAAAGUACAUUUAUUAAAGUAUGUAUACAUUAUACAACCAUAAUUCAUCUCCUUACAGGCAGCCACAAAACAAGGAAACCCCAAAAGAAUCCAUUUUUUAAAAAACUGACAAACACCCAAUGUGGAGAGAGUGCAAACAAUAAAAGUAAGCAAAUAGCAUUUAGAACAGAAGCGAGUCCUCCGACAUGAAGCCUGGAGCAGCCAAAGUAGGCCCACAGCCUCAGUUCAGCACGAUAGCGGAGUAAAUGGUGCAAAACCCACAGACACUAAGCUCAGAGCAGGCCCUCAGCCUCAGCAUCAGCAUCAGUUCAGCAAAGAGUGGAGUAAAUGUCGUAGAGCCUGCAGACACGAAACCCGGAGCGGUGCCACAGCCACAGCCUCAGUUCAGCACAUUGCAGAGUAAACGUUGUGGAGCACACAGGCACAAAACCCUGAGUAGUCCCACAGCCACAGCCCCAGUUCAGCACAUUGCAGAGUAAACGUUGUGGAGCACACAGGCACAAAACCCUGAGUAGUCCCACAGCCACAGCCCCAGUUCAGCACAUUGCAGAGUAAACGUUGUGGAGCACACAGGCACAAAACCCUGAGUAGUCCCACAGCCACAGCUCCAGUUCAGCACAUUGCAGAGUAAACGUUGUGGAGCACUGGGCAGAACCAGCCCAACCCUUACCUCUGAUCCCAACACUCUGCCUUUUCAAUCCAUCUGGCCCAGCUUUUAAAUCGUCCGAACUUCGGGUUGUUCCUUGCUCUAAGACCUGGGCCCUGUUGCAUCGAUAUGCUCUCAGCCUGGACCCCGCAACCACGUUUCAGCCCCUUUUUAACCUUUCCAAAUCAGCUCAGCACUUGAUUGAUCAAACUGCACACUCUGUUUCGGUGGACCAGCCCCAAAUCUGCUUCAUAUAAGCUGCUGCAGUGGUGAUAGGAGAUUCCAUAUUCAGAGGAAAAUAGGUGAGAUUCUAUGGGUAUGAUGAAGCAUACCAGGUGGUAUGAUGCCCUCCAGGUGCCAGGGUCAGUGAUGCCUCAGAAUGGGGUCUACAACAUUCUAAAGGUGGAGGGUGAGCAACCAGAAGCCUUUGUACACAUCAGCACCAAUGAUGUAGGUAGGAAAGGUAAGGAGGUCCUGAAGAGAGAUUUUAGGGAGCUAGGUAAAAAGCUGAAAAGAAGGAUCUCCAAAAUAGUAAUCUCUGGAUUGCGCUCUGUGCCACGUGCCAGAGAGGGUAAGAAUAGUAUGAUUUGGUAGAUGAAUGCAUGGCUGAGGAACUGGUGCAGGGGGCAGGGGUUCAGAUCUCUGGAUCAUUGGUAUCCCUUCUAGGGAAGGUAAGACCUGUUACAAAAGGUCUUUUGGGUUAUAUUCUUGUGGGUAAGUUUACUGGAGCUGUUCAAGGGGGCUUAAUUUGGCAGGGGAUGGGGACUGGAGUGAUAGGGCUGAGGAUGAGGCAGUUGGUUUAUAAACAGUGUAGUGAGUCUGCUAACAAAGACAGGCUGAUGAUGAGGCAAAAUUGCAGAUAAAGAGAUGAGCUGUAAUGUAAAAGAAGGACAAAAUUGAAAAGGGUGAAUGCAGGACUGAGGGUGUUGUAUUUGAAUACACAAUAUACAAAAUAAAGUAGAUGAACUUGUAGCCAAUUACAGAUUGGCAUGUAUGAUAUGGGUCACAUCACUGAGUCAUGGCUGAAAGAAGAUUGUAGCUGGGAGUUUAAUGUCCAAGGAUACAUGUUGUACUGAAAGGACAGGCAGGUAGGCUGAGGGGUGGCUCUGUUGGUAAAAAAUCAAAUCAAAUCAUUAGAAAAAAGUGACAUAGGAUUGGAAGUUGCAGAAUCAUCGUGGGUACAGUUAAGGAGCUGCAAGGGUAAAAAGACCCUGAAGGGAGUUAUAUACAGACCUUCAAAUAGUAGCAAAGAUGUGGUUUACAAAGUAUAACAGGAGGUAGGACGUGCACAUCAAAGAGGAAGUAUUAUGAUAGUCAUGGGGGAUUUCAGUGUCUAUUUAGAUUGGGGAAAAUCAGAUUGGUGUGGGAUCUCAAGAGGGGGAGUUUGUAGAAUGCCCUUUUUAGGGCAACUCAUGGUAGAGCCCACUAGCAGAUCAGCUAUUAUAGAUUGGGUGUUGUGCAAUGAACUGGAAUUGAUUAGAGGCCUUAAGGUAAAGGAACCCUCAGGAGGCAGUGAUCACAAUAUGAUAGAAUUCACCCUGUAAUUUGAGAAGGAGAAGCUAAAGCCAGAUGUAUCGGUAUUGCAGUGGAGUAAAGGGAAUUGGAGGCAUGAGAGAGGAGCUGGCAAAAAUUGAUUGGGAGAGAACAUUAGCAGGGAUGACAGCAGGGCAGCAAAUCAGAAGGUGCAGGAUAGAUGCAUCCCAAAGUAGAAGUAUUCUAAAGGUAGGAUGAUACAACUGUGGCUGACAAGAAAGAGAAGUCAAAGCCAAGGAGAGGGCAUAUAGUAGUGCAAAAAUUAGUGGGAAGUUAGAGGAUUUGGAAAGCUUUUAAAAACAACGGAAGGCACCUCAAAAAAAAAAGUCAUAAAGGAGGAAAAGAUGGAAUAUGAAAGCAAGCCAACCAGUAAUAUUAAAGGAUACCAAAAGUUUCUUCAGAUAUAUAAAGAGUAAAUGAGCGGUGAGAGUAGAUAUUGGACUGCUGGAAAUUGAUGCUGGGGAGAUAGUAAUAAGGGACAAGGAAAUGGCGGACAAACUGCAUAAAUAUUUUGCUUCAGUCUUCACUGUAGAAGGCACCAGCAGUAUGCUGGAGGUUCAAGAGCGUUGGGGCAGAAGUGAGUGAAGUUUCCAUUAUUAGGGAGAAGGUGCUUGAGAAACAACAAAGUCUGGUAGAUGAGUCACCUGGACCAGAUGGUCUACACCCAGGGUUCUGAAAGGGGUGGCUGAAGAGAUUGUAGAGGCAUUAUUGAUCUUUCAAGAAUCAAUGGUUCCAGAGGACUGGGAAAUUUGCAAAUGGAUCUCCACUCUUCAAGAAGGGAGAGGACAGGAAAGAAAAUUACAGGCCAAUUAGUCUGACAUCAGUGGUUGGGAAGCUGUUGGAGUCAAUAGUUAAGGAUGUGAUUUGGGGGUUAUUGGAGACGCAUGAUAAAGUAGGCUAUAGUCAACAUGGUUUACUUGAGGGGAAAUCUUGCCUGACAAAUCUGUUGGAAUUCUUUGAAGAAAUAACAAGCAGGAUAGAUAAAGGAGAACCAGUGGAUGUUGUGUACUUGAACUUUUCAGAAGUUCAUUGAGAAGGUGCCUCACAUGAGGCUGCUUAACAAGAGCCCAUGAUAUUACAGGAAAGGUACUAGCAUGUAUCCAUGCUAGCAUUGGUUGAUUAGCAGGAGGAAAAGAGUGGGAAUAAAGGGCCUGAGUCGACGUCGUGGGCCGUGUUGGAACUGCUUAUGUUAUAUGUCAAUGAUUUGAUCUGAGUAGCCUCCAACCUGAUGGCAUGAACAUCGAUUUCUCGAACUUCUGGUAAUGCCCCACCCCUUCACCAUUCCUCAUCUCCCCCCCCCCCCCCACCUUAUUUCCUUGCUUGUCCAUCACCUCCCUCUGGUGCUCCUCCCCCUCCCUUUUUUUCCCACGGUCUUCUGUCCUCUCAUCAGGCUCAACCUUCUCCGGUCCUGUAUCUCCUUCACCAGUUUACUUCCCAGCUGCUUACUUCAGCCAUCCCCUCCGAAUUUCACUCAUCACCUUGUGUUUCUCUCUCCCCACCCCAGCCUUUUAAAUCUACUCAUUUUUUUUUCUUCUUCUCCAGUCCUGCUGAAAGGGCUUGGCCUGGAAUGUCGACUGUACUUUUUUUCCAUAGAUGCUGCCUGGCCUGCUCAAUUCCUCCAGUGUUUUUUUUUUGUUUUGCUUGGAUGAUGGAGUUGAUGGCUGUGUGGCCAAGUUUGCAGACAAUACAAAGAUAGGUGGAGGAACAGGUAGUUUUGAGGAAGUAGAGAGGCUACAGAAGGACUUGGAGAAUGGGCAAAAGAAUAGGUAGAUGAAAUACAGUGUUGGAAAGUGUAUAGUCAUGCACUUUGGUAGAAGGAAAUAAAAGCAUAGUCUAUUAUCUAAAUAGAGAAAAUUCAAAAUAUGAGGUGCAAAGGGAUUUGGGAAUCCUCAUGCAAGAUUCCCUAAAGAUUAAUUUGCAGGUUGAGUCUGUGGUGAGGAAGGCAAAUACAAUGUUAGCAUUCAUUUCAAGAGGGCUAGAAUAUAAAAACAAGGAUGUAUUGUUGAGAAUUUAUAAAGCACUGGUGAAGCCUCACUGGGAGUAUUGUGAGCAGUUUUGGGCCCCUUAUCUAAGGAUGUGCUGACAUUGAAGAGGGUUCAAAAAAGGUUCACAAGAAUGAUUCAGUGAUUAUCAUAUGAGGAACAUUUGAUGCCUUUGGGCCUGUACUCAGGUUCAGAAGAAUGAAGAAGGGGAUCUCAUUGAAACCUAACAAAUACUGAAAGGCCUUGACAGAGUAAACUUGGAGGUGUUUCCUUUGGUGAGGGAGUACAAGGCCAGAGGAUUCAGCUUCAGAAUAGUGGAACAUCCAUUUAGAAUGGAGAUAUGGAAUUUCUUUAGCCAGAGAGUGGUGAAUCUGUGGAAUUCGUUGCCAGAGGUAGCUGUGGAGGCCAAGUUAUUGGGCAUUUUUAAGCCGGAGGUUGAUAGAUUCUUGAUUAAUACAGGGAGACAGGGAGAAAGCAGGAGAUUGGGGUUGUGGUGAACUACGUAUAUCUGUCUGGACGCCCCCCCCCCCCCCAGCUGACUGCUCCUGUGGCUCCUCUCACGGACCCCUGUAUAAAGGUGAUUGGAGGCACUGCUCCCCCCUCAGUCUCCAGGAUGUUGUGUGAUGGUCUCUUGCUGCUGAUAGUGCUCUCUUCCAGCUAAUAAAAACCUAUCUCUCGCCUCACGUCUCCGAGAGUUAUCGAUGGUGCAUCAGGGGAUGACAGAGAACUGGGUCUAAUUCUGCUCCUUUGUCUUGUAUUCUUGUACUCUAAUCGCAAACUCGGCAUUGCAUUCCUGUAAAUAUCAGAUCACAUUGUUGAAACCUCGAUGUUCACACAAGGUGACUCCCCAUGCAUGUUUUCCAGUGCACACACAUUAUCUUUUUGGCAUGUUAAGUUUCUUGUAUUUUUCCAAACACAAAAAGUAUUUUGUAUGACAUUUUAAUGACUGCUCUAGCCGUCUAUUGGAGUGUGGGCCUGAGAGUUGAUUAAAGUUUGAGGCAAAGCAGUUAAUUGCAGCAUUUUAAACAAAACUGCUCUACCUUCUUUUUGUCAAGUUGAAUAGUUCCUUUGGAUCUACCAAGUGUAGAUUUAGUUGCAGAUUUUGUUAGCGGUACAAGUUUUCCUUUUUAUCCUGACAUUCUGUUUGUGCCUGAUCCAAAUUUAGUAAAAACUCAAACCUACCAGGUAAGUUAUGCUAAUCAAUAUUCAGCAGUUAAUCAAAACUGACAGUAUUGCAGAAUGCAUUGAACCAUUUCUCGUGCAGCAAAUGCACUGUAAAAAUAUGGUGUAAACACAUUUGUGUUAGUUUAUGACCAUAUACCUGUAAUUAUGAUUACGAUUUGUUCAGCAUUGCACUCUAUUAAUGCUAAAUUAAGGUGUUUAGAGAUGGGUGAAAUUUCUGUGGUCAACCCAUGGGAUUUCUCACUUUUUCUGUUUGCACUAAUCUUUCAGCAAAGUCUGCAAAAUAGAUUAGUGCUGCAAUCUACUUAUUCUCAAAUCGGAUCUUCCACUGUUAAAGUAUUCAAAACUUUUCCAAGUGCUUCCAUUUAAUACUGAAACAGGCUUUGUGAGGUUUUAAUGUGGCCAAAGCCAUGCCACUAAUAACCUGAAAGUAUUUUUUAAAAUACUGAAAAUAAAAAUGACAAAACACUGAAAACACUCACUCAGGUCAAGUAGGAUCAGUGGAGAGAGAAACAAUUGAUGUUUCAGGUCAAAAGGCAUUUGUCAAAACUGGGAAAGAGGCAAAAUAAACUUGUUAUGCUGCAGCAAGGGUGGAUGCCUGAUUAAUAAAACCACAGGGAUAAGUUGUAAACAAGGUUCUUGCUCUCCAACUGCUCCAAUUCAAUCAUUGAACAGAUAACUUUGUUUACAUCCUAUCCCCAUGGUAGCCCCAGUUUUACCUUAUCAGAGAUGCACACCUGCUCUGUAGCUUAAAUUUUUUUCUCAUCUGUUCUGAUGAAGGGUCUUUGACCUGAAACAUUGGCCCGGUUUCUCUUCCCACAGCUGUGGUCUGAUUUGCUGAGUGUUUCCAGCAUUUUCUGUUGCUUUUGAUGAUGUUGUUAAAUAAGCAGAAAAUUAAUAUCAUGGUAAGAAAGCAAGUCAGCAGUUGAGUUUCUCUGGGCUCCUGCCACCUGUUUGUAAACUAGUAUAAAGUAAUGUUGUUGCCUUGUAUCCACAGUGGAUCUGGUCCAAUGCUGUUCAGACGUCGAGGUGUCUUCCUUGCUUUGUCCUUCACUAUAAUAAUAAAGGCUGGUUGCCCAUGGGAACAGGGAAAUGAUGGAAACCAUUUUAACUCCUCUGUCCAAGCAGCCAAUCCUUCAUUCAGAAAGAAGAGGGCUUUCAUGUUUGUAUUAAUAGAAUGCUCAUUGAGAGAUUUGGCAGUUUUUUCCAAAACAUUUUAUUCCUCUUCCUUUCCCCACUGGGCCUGUAAGCAUGUAAAUCUUAAAACCUUUUCUAUUGAAGAUUUGCUAUACUUGUUAAGUAAUAACACCAGAGGAUAGUUUCAGCUGCCCCCCUGUUGUUCCAAAUCCUUCACAGAGUUGGAUAUACACCUUGCAUGCAUGUGGAAUAUGUUUUUGAAAUGGAAUCUGGUUUAGAUAGAUCUUUAGCUGGAUUGAAGUAUAUGCAAACUGACCAAAUAUCUUGUAGAACUGGAAUGGUUUUCUUUGAGUGCAGAAAAUGACUUGCAGUUCAAGUUUUGAUCAUCCUUAAUUUUUUAUUAUUAUUCAGAUACAGGAUCAUUAUAUUUGAAACUGGGCAUAUAAUAGUAUGAAGCCCCUUGUAUUUCUAUAAAGUGAGUGAUUUGUGCCUAGUAUCAUUGGCAAUCAUAUUGUUUAUUUCUUUGUGACCAGCAGUGUGUCAUUGUGACAACAACCUGGCUUACUAUGGACUCUUCCCAAUUAGGCUCUGAGCUACUGAUUGCAAUAUCUAGCAUACAGUAUAGGGUUUUAAUGACUUAUUUCGGGAGCACUCAGAUUGUAGUUCAGUGGCUUUAUGUUCUUUUAACAUCUUAUUAAUGUCAUACUAUGUUCUUAAAGUUUAAUGUUUACUGUGAAAUUUCCCUUUGUUAUAAAUGUUCAGUCAUUUGCUUUGAGUGUAUCAAUAAAAAUAGUG